AUGGCUUCCUCCCUUGUCCUCGGACUCCCAAAACUCUAUUCAAGCAAGGGUAAUAAGUGCGUGCCCCCGGUCAAUGGCUGGAUCAUCGGGACCUGGCACGUCACCCACUCCAGUCUUCCGCUCUGGAAAGGCAAACGCAACGUCAAUAUUACCUACGAAACACUGCCCGCCGACUCAUCCGGAGUGACCAAAAUCGAUGACCUAGUGAGGUACCAAGCGAUCGGGUCAGAAAAGAUCAAGUCGGUCCAUGGGGUGGACACCCCGAGCCCCGGAAAUCCCGGUGCCUGGGAUUGGCGCGGCAAAGGGUGGCUGGUGAUCGCGACUUCCCACUGGGAGUGCCUGGGCUUCGGCCAUGCCGGCGAGAAUAACCAGUGGAUGGUCACAUACUUUGCCAAAACCCUCUUCACUCCGGCUGGCAUUGACAUCUAUUCGCGAAAUAAGCAGGGGCUUCCCCAAGCGACGAUCGAUGAGAUACUCCGCACUCUCCGAGAGUUUGGGGUCACAGAGCUCACGGAUCUUGCCAACAGAAUCUUCCAGAUCCCGCAAAACUAG